UACAGUAACGCUUCUGCCUCUAGCCCUUAAAUUAACUAUAAAGAAAGAACAAGCAAUGCUGUGAAAUACAACUAUUGACAAGAUGGGUUUUAUUCAUCGUGCAACUGCUCUUUUGGCAUUAAACAUGAAUGGUUUACUUACCGUUCUUGCAUGUCUGGACGAAUCAAGCAGAAAUGCAACUCUUGGAGAAAGCAUCUUGCUGAAUCCAAACUACACAGAUUGUGAAAUGUGUUCAGUUGAAUGGACAUUUUCUUCACACUCAGAGAACCGUCGCAUUUCUUCUUAUGUCAAAAGCAAAGGACCGACUUCUGAAACUAUCUUUCGUACAUUUGAACACAAAGUGAAUAUUGAAGAUGAUGGCUUUUUUUUACGACUUCUAUCUAUUCAGCUUAAUGAUACAGGAAAAUACACUCGAACUUUCACAGCAUCAAAUGGAAUAGAAAGCUGCGUAAGCGUAAUAAUUAAUGUAUAUGCAGAAUCUGAAGUAAAGACUCUUGAGGUAAACCAGUCGAAUGCAGAAGUCCAUAGCUCAAGAAUAAUAACACACAUUUCAGCAUCAAUUGUUGGAUCCAUAUUUGGAGGGAUAAUCUUGGUUCUGAUCAUCUGGAUUGUAAUUAAAUUAAUUAGAAGAAGAGUAGCAUCAGAAAAUAAAAGUUCAUUGUCAAUCCAGAUGUCAUCUUAUCCAAUUUAUGGCAAUUGGAAAAUCCCAACAUAUGCCUGAAAAGAAGAAUGACAACGAUGGCUUGAUAACCUAUCUGAUUGCAUCACAUGCCAAAAUGUCACAAAGGAAAACAGCAUACUUUGACAGGAAAUUCUGCAGACAGAAGUUACAUGUGAUAGAACAUUUUAUACAUUCAUUUUCAGUAACCUAAUUUCCUUUAGGUGGUAGUUUAUCUCAUUGCUAAACCUAAACUGAGGAAUGUACUACAAACCUCUGACACUUGGUAGUCAUUUUUAAAAUUUGAAAUACUGUAAAGUUAACUUGAAAUCAUUUUGAAUAAUGUGAUUGAUUUACAAUAUUUACAUCUUGCUCAAUUCAGUGUAUUUAAUAUUCAGUACAAUAUGUUUUGUUAUACAUGCACACUUCUAGUCAGCCCAACACAGUGGUAAGCUGUGGUUACUGGAACCACAGUGAGACAGUUUUAUUCAAGUUGGUUUCAUCCUGAUUUACUAGCAAUCAUAGAGUGGCUGUUUAUCUGAUUUCUUUUGGUGAUCUUUAGACAGCUGACAUAGUGGGGUGGGUGUGGUGGAUUCCAUGCACUUGCUUACUUAUAUUUAUUCAUGGACAGAAAAAAAAUACAGGGCUAGGGCAUAAAGCAUUGGGUGGGGACCCAGUGGGCUGAAUAACCUGUACUGUAAACAGUUUAUAAUUCUGAUAACUAACUUCAAAGUCAAUUCUAACUGAGAGAGGGAAUUGGUGAUGGGGUGGAGAGGUGGUUAGGGUGGAGUGAUGGAAGGGUUUGCUGUGGGAGACGCUGGUAACAAUCUGUUGAAGUUCUGGAUGUAGGUUUGCUCGUAGAGCUGGAAUGUUCAUUUCCAGACGUUUUGUCAU